CACAUUUUGGCAUACUGAGGCUUGGCGUGUACUGUUUCUUCUCGUGCAACCUUUGCUGUUAAUACCGUUUGUUCAACAGCUUACAAUCACCACCAUCAUCAUGAAUCGAUUCAUCGUUUUGCUGCUGCUUUGCGCCAUUGCAGUUCAACAAAUCAGUGGCCAUCCAGGCGCGGACACCAAAGAGGGAGGGAGAGUGGCUCGCUAUCCGCACUACUGUGGCGCGUCUCUUCAAGAAAAAUACCGUGAGAUUUGCCAUGCGUUCCGUGGAGUCUCCAACCAAGAGUUUCUGGAUUCAAAGGACGCCAACACAUUCUUAUUCGGACGUGGUAUCGGGAAGCGAAACCUCAACGAGGAAUGCUGCGGUGAGGGUUGCGAUGACGAGGAAAUUUAUGAAAUCUGCUAAAAGAGAAACCUACGUGAACCUGGCUGACUUCUUGCCAUCUUCAUAUUCAGCCUUACAACAAACAAUGUUUUCCCACUCAUACUCAUAGGUGGCGGUUUUCUUCAUUGAAUAGUAAAUACAAAAUGGCAUUUGCUUCCUUUUUUGACAUGUCGUGAACAUUCAGCACGCAGCUCCUAUUUCUAACGCGUAUAUUACCUCCCAUUUUGGGGGUUGUCUCAAAACAAAUCUUUGGACGUCGACAUGCAUAGCCAAAAAAAUAUGGCAGGUGUUGAUCCUACUGAAUGGAUCAAACUUUCCUCCUCCUAGCGGACAUUUAAAGGAUGCUCAGCGCACUGAUCACCCCUUCAGGUUCCUCAAGGUUAAAAUGGAGUAUUGAAACGCAUAACAGCCUGCCUUUCAAACUAAAAUAAAUUUCUUAAGACGACUCUGUACUUCUGCUCGCACACAUGACACACGGUUCUUUAUUUUGAUGGAAAGUCUUCAGAUAAAGUAAAAAAAAAACCAAGAAUGAUUCUUGCCUAUAAUGUGCUCUGGGUCAUAUAUGAAAACUGGCGAAUGCGAUAAACCACGAAACCAUAGCAAAAAAAGGUUCCAUGUCAAUCUAUGUUUAUGCAUUAUUGGCAAUUCUUCUCCAGGAGUUACUUCUUAAAUUAAAUUAGCAAGACUUACUACGAAGGGCCUACUUUAAGAUUAUCUCUCCCUUUCAGCUGUUCUGCACAAUGAUUUCAGUCUACAUGAAAGAUUAAAGUUAACUUGCAAAGAA